ACAUUUUUUUUUCCUUUUUGGCUUUGAGUGAUAAAAACAAAAAAAAGAUUAGUGUAUAAGGAUCAUGGAGAUACACAAACUCAUGACAACAAUGACUUACGUAUUACUACUAUUGCUACUCUCGAUUCAUGCGCAUAUCCAAGCCGUUGCUUCAAUCUCAGAUACUUCUGAUGUUUCAGCCAUCCAUGAUCUGAAACCAAGUCCCAUCACAGGAACUAAAACAUGUUGGGAGAAAUAUUUACCGGUUUGGCGGCGGGAGCUUAAAAGCAGCGGUGGCGGUGGCAGUAGCGGUGGAGGAGGUCGUAGUGGCGGAGGUGGCAGCAGUAGUCGAGGCGGAAACAGCGGUAAAGGCGGCAGCAAAGAUAGAGGCGGUGGCUCUGGGAACGGAGGAUCUUCAAAUCAUGGCGGUAGCAGUAGUGGCGGCCAUUUUGUUGGAAGCGGCGUUGACUGUUUCAAACACCGUGGUCUCGCCAGUACUCUAUUAUUAUCUCUCGUAGUCGUGAGCUCUUUGAUUAUUUUACGUUGAACACAGUUGUAAAAAAAUGUAUUUUUUUUCUUUUUGUGUGAUCGAUAUAUAUAACAGCUUUAAAAAUGUUGUUUUCUAAUUAUACAAAAUUAAAUAUUGUAUAUAGACUAUAGAUACUAUGAAUGCUAAAGUUUGAUUGGAUAUAGUUGGAAUGUAUUGUAUGUUUUUAUAACUCUCUAAUCGACAAGC